AUUUGUUUAUAUAUACUUUUAUAUUUUCUACUAUCUUUUUUACAUAUAGCUCGUAUUUCUAUUUUUUUCUUUUUGUAUUUUUCAACGCUUACGUUCCGCCAUUCUUUACAACUUAUCCUUGCCUUAUUAAAGAUCUUAGCAAUCCUGUUUUUAAUAUCUUGGUGUACCUCGAUUAUUUCAUGAUUAUUUAAUUUCCUAUUUUAUUAAUUGUGUUAUUUUUUUGAGUACAAUAUUACAUAUAAUAGACUUUUAUUAUAUUAUAUAAUUAUAUAUUAUAUUAACUAUUAGUAUUAAUUUUAAAUUAUUUUUUUUGCAUUCUCCGCAAUUUAUCAUAGAUGCAUAUUAUCAUAGAAAACAAAUAAUAUUGUUACAGAUUGUAAGAUUUAACUUACUACUACAUCACGAUUUUACUUUCGUUCGAAAUAAACAACAUUAGCAGUAGAAAAAAUUUGCAUACAAAUCAAAAUAAAUAAUAAUCAAUAUUUCUCACCAUUUCGAUGUUACUUACUACUCUGUUGUCUGUCAAGUGCAUUAGUGUACUUGCACGCGCGCUUUCGUCGAAAGUCAGAAGAAACUUGGAAGAAAAAUCAAUAAUGUGAAAUCUACAUAAAGUUGUGUUAAAUGAAAUCGAACAAAGUGAGCCUAUGGUUUUUUCCCUUUCUUUUUUUUCUCCUCCUCUCUGUCUCUCUUACAUCUUCGCUCAUUAUUCUCUCUUCGAGUUUCAUCGAUUUCUAUUCGGACUUUACACACUUUCUGCCUGCACAGCGUCUUGCAUUUUAAAUGUAUUACUUUUUAUUGCGUCGGUUACGUAGGAAACGACAAGCAGAAAGAGGGAAGAAAGAUAAAGAUUCGUCCGCACAAAUAUUCUUUUUUCCUCUUUUUCAUCGUAUCUCGAUUUUCUCGUAUUUGAAACCAUGACAGUUUAUAAUCAUGAACAUAAUAAUUGCACUUGAUUUUCCUCGAACAUACGAUCUUUACGUAGGCUGAAAACUCUUCUGAUCACUAUUAUAAAUUUAAUAUUCGAUGUGUGUUUGCGUGUUGCACAUCUACGUUUGCUUGAAUUUUUAAAGCAAAUUGCUUAUUGCUUGACCGAUCGGUAGAGUCAUCGAUUUGAGAGGUACUCUUUUCAUUUUUUUUCCUACGAGCGUUACAGUAGGAAAGCCACAGCAAUUGCAUGUGAAAUUUAAAUCUACAUGCAAAUAUUUAAUAAUUGUGAGGAGACUAGAAUGUGUUCUUUGUUUUGCCUUCUGUUCAAGAUUUUCAUUUUGUGCCGUGAAGCUCAGUGCUAUACAUCGUACAAAUAAUCAGUUUUAUUCAAUAAUGUGAUACUCCUUUUUUUAAAACAAAGACAAUAGUGGUCGGAAAUAAGAAAAGUGAAAACAAGAAAAAUAUGAAAAAAACACCUAUAAGUACCAUUAACCGAGCUAUAGAAAUUCCGCUUCGAAUUUUUGGUAUCUGGCCAGGAUCAUCAUACAUUCCAUUCUGUAGACUAUUUUGGACGAUUGCAAUAGCGGCAACUCAAUCUUUUCAAUAUCGAUAUGUUAUUAAGCACUUAUAUACUGUCGAUCUGUCCGAUCUGAUGGAGUGCUUAGGUGCUACUUUGAGUUUUACCCAAUUUUUUUUUAAAAUCAUCAAUUUUUGGGUCAAUCAGCGAACAUUCGACAAAAUAUUGGCGAUGAUGGCAAUGGAUUGGAAGAAAAGCAAUAAUACUGAUUUUAGUACACGUGCGAUAAUCAGAAAAGCCAUUUUAUCGCAUAAUAUUUCUAAUUUAUGCUUUGGUAGUGUUAUAAUAGUCGUAACAUUGUAUUCGGCUAGCAUUUUCACUUAUAACUCGUUCAAUCUAGAUGAAACUGAUAUAUCCAUGCGACCGCUUAUUUUAAAGAUGGAUUUUCCAUUUAGCGGUGAUACACGAUUUGUUUAUGAAUUAAUAUUGCUCUCACAAAUUCUUUGUACAGUACUCGCUGGCUGUGGCAAUGUCAUGCUGAACACUCUCCUUAUUGUCUUGGUAUUACAUUUAGCUGGCCAAAUUGAGAUUCUCAGUAAAUGGAUAACAGAUAUUAUUUCAGAGGAAGACGAAUAUACAUUAAACUUAACAACAAUAAGAAAAAUAAUUAAAAAACAUCAGAAUAUUAUUACUUUUUCAAAAAAUAUCGAAAAUAUAUUUUCCGAUAUUGCGUUGGUACUGUUCGUAUCAGACACUCUGAGUAUCUGUGCUCUCAGUUUUGUACUUGUUACGUAUUCCGUACAAAGUAUUAUUUUUAAUAUCUCAGUCAAUUGGAAGGCCCGAUACUGCUACAAUUGUAAUGAAAACUCUUGGAUUUUAUUUCGUAAUAAAUUUUGAAGUAUUCAUGUUUUGUUUAGCUGGAGAAUACUUAAGCUCUAAGGUUAGUAUUAACAUUUGUGAUAUGUCCAAUUAUUAUUAAAUAAAUUUCUAAUUUUUCUUUUUAAUCCUUAACUCUUGGUAUAUAGAGUAAAGUAAUCGGAGACGCUGCAUACUGUUCCCGUUGGUAUCAAUGCAGAUUUCAAGACAGUCGGAUUAUCUUGUUUCUGAUAAUGAGAUCACAAAACCAAAUGACGAUUACAGUUGGGAAAUUCAUGGAUCUUUCCUUCGAACGAUUUGUCAGUGUAAGAACAAUAUCAAAAUAGUUUUUUCUAAAAGUGCUUUUAAUUUUGAUAUAAAAACACGGUAUAUAAAAUCUCAAUCUAUUAUUUACAAUGCUUUAUAAUAAAGAAAUAUUAUACAUAUUUUCUUAUGUAAUGUUAUUGCAUUUGCAUAUGCUAAUUUAUUAACAAAUCCAUAAUAUUGUUAUAGAUUAUGAAAGCUUCAGCAUCCUAUGUAUCAGUUAUGCUAGCAUUAUAUUGAAGAAAAUGUAAGUGAAUAAUACAAUAACUGUAAUAAAA